AUGACGUUUAUUCCCUUGGGUAUCUGGGUUGGAACACCGGGCAUUACCGUUGGUCUUUACAUCUGGAAGGGCAUCAUCCCUACGCUGAUUGGAACAUUCUUGGCGGAGCUAUCUUUUGUGAAGAAUGACAUCGAGGCAUCUGCGGAAAGCUCUCGCCAAGUCAUGGCCGUUGGCCCGAGCUAUUGA